UGAGGGAGGAGGUGAGGGGUGGCAGUGAAAGUUUUUUUUUCCUUUUUUUUUUUUCCUUUCGCCUCCGGUGCGGUAAAUGUAAACUGAAGCCAAAGAUUCCCCCCUGCGCUUAGGUGCACUUUUUUUUCCCCUGAUACACUCAGGGCUGCCUUGUGCCUAAUAGGAAACAGUGGAGGCAGUGGGGCAGGUCACCCCGGGCGCCGCCGAUUAUAUUGCAGCCCCGGCCACGGCGCGCGCGGAGAGGCAGAGAGAGUGGCGCGCGGGGCAGAACCAAGAGGGCGCGCGGGGGCUGGGCGCAGCCGGGUAGCGCGCGGGGGGCCCAGAUCUAGAGAGCGGGCGCAAAAGCCACAGAGGCGCGCGGCGCUGGGGUCAUAAACGCCCAAGAUUAGAGCCUUUCGGCUCCCCGGCCCUCGGAGGUUGCAGCGACGUAGCGGCGGCGGCGACGGCAGCAGCAGCAUAAAGGGCACUCGGCCGCUCCCUCGAGCUUCCUCCCGCGCGCACUCCUCGCCCGGCCCGGGGCCGCCCUCUCGCUCCGUUGUAGCCGCCGCCGCCCCAGCCCCAGCCCCUGCGCGCGCCACUCGCCCCGAUGAGCUCCUAUUUUGUGAACCCGCUGUACUCCAAGUACAAGGCGGCGGCAGCAGCGGCGGCGGCGGCGGCGGCGGCGGCGGCGGGCGAGGCCAUCAAUCCCACAUACUACGACUGUCACUUUGCACCCGAUGUCAGCGGCCGCCACGCCGCCGCCGCCGCCGCCGCCGCCGCCCUACAGCUGUAUAGUAACAGCGCCGCCGGCUUCCAGCAUCACCACCAUCACCACCACCACCACCAGCCGCAGCAGCAGCCGCCGCCGCCGCAACCUCAGCAGCAGCCUCACCCAGGACCAGCUAGCGGCGGCGGCGGGGGCCCGGACUACUACCAUCCCGCCGGGGGGAGUCCGGCCUCUGCCUACCAACCGGCCCCCCCUCCUCCUCCGCAUCCUCCUCCUCCGCCUCCGCCUCCUCCGCCGCCGCCUCCCCCCUGCAGUGGGAUUGCCUGUCACGGGGAGCCCGCUAAAUUUUACGGAUACGAUAACUUACAGAGACAGCCGAUUUUUACGACCCAGCAAGAGGCCGAGCUGGUACAAUAUCCUGACUGUAAAUCGUCCAGUGGUAAUAUUGGCGAGGACCCAGACCACUUAAAUCAGAGCUCGUCUCCUUCUCAAAUGUUUCCCUGGAUGAGACCACAAGCAGCUCCUGGUAGGAGGAGAGGAAGACAAACGUACAGUCGUUUCCAAACGCUAGAGCUGGAAAAGGAAUUCCUUUUUAACCCUUAUCUGACCAGGAAGAGAAGGAUUGAGGUUUCCCACGCUCUAGGACUCACCGAGAGGCAGGUAAAGAUAUGGUUUCAGAACAGGAGAAUGAAAUGGAAAAAAGAGAACAACAAGGACAAAUUUCCAGUUUCCAGGCAGGAGGGGAAAGAAGGGGAAACAAAAACAGAAGCACAUGAUUUGGAAGAGGACAGAGCUGAAGGCCAGACAAAUUAACUUAUGCCUUUAAAAAUUUACCGUAGACUAUUAAAAAUAAUGAUCAACAUAUGCUGGUGAACGCCACCUGUUUUCUUUGUUGUAAAGGAUUCUUCCUGUAUUUCAAGCUACCCUAAUGUCACUGCUCUAGAUGUUUCUAUGCUUUAAGAGGUGUUUGAGUUUUUUUUUUUUUUUAAAUCAGAGAAUAGAAACAAUUAGCUGUGGCUUUUUUUUUUUUUUUGGUGGAAAUUUGAUAAUGACUUUGUAGCAAUAUUUUUAAAUUGCAAUUUUCAAUAUCUAAGCUGAUGAUUUGCCUCAACAACAUAAACUUCCUAAUGAUAAGCACGAAUAGUUGAACCUAAAAUGCUUUAUUAAUCGAAACAAGUGCACUUGAACAUUUUAAAACUUUUUUUCUUGUGGUGAGUAAAUUAAAAGAAAUCUAUUAGUUUUUAUGAAGAAAUUAUGUCAGCAGAAUAUUUACUUUAUAUUAUUUGAUUAAAAUAAAUGUAAAAUGUUUUAUUUAUGUUUUUUUUUUCCCUUACGCUUUUGUAAUGAAUGGCUUUGUUGCCUUUUGUUUAUUUCUAGAGCUUUUUUUUUUUUUUGGCAUUUAUAUACAUAUAUAUAUAUAUAAUAUCUCGGGGAAAAGUUUGGGCCAAAUAUCUUAAAAGCACAAUAUAACUGCAAAAGUGCACUCUAUAUAUAGUCUGGGGACUUGAAAAAGCACUUAAGUUUAUGGAAACUGUACCGGUGACAAAAGUUUUACUGCAACGUCAAAGUUGACAAUUAAUCUUUUGUUAAAUUCCAUGCAAAUUAUGGCAACUAAAUCAUCUAAUGAAUGAAUACUUGAAAAGCAAAUGAUAUCAUUCUUGAUCACUAUUCAUGCCGGGCCAGUUGCACGGUAAAAUACUACUUCAUUCUCAAUUUUCCUUCUAUUUUCUGUUUGAACCGCUGUUGUAAUUUCCCUAAGUCACUUAUUUGUACCGACUCCGUGAUUUUUCUUUGUUUAUAGAGUAGGUGCCAUAUUUAUUUGUAUUACCUGCAUUUUAUUAAUGAGAUCAUGUUGAGCUAACUGAAAACUACGACUCCACUUGUGUUAGCUGGUACGUCUUCAAGUUUCAUCCAUGAAAACAAUGGCUCCACCUAUUUGAAAUGAACACUGUGAUCAAACAUCUAAAAUGCUUGUGUAACUAACACCCGCUAAUAGAACAUAUCUAUCCCUUCAAUAAAAACAAAACCAAACAGAAAGGA